AUGGUCAUCGGCAAUCAUGGCAAGUCUCACCUCGAGCCUGGGAGAGACGGCGCGUGCACAGAUGACGCCCACAUCUCGAAUGAAGACAUUGACGCAGCCGCUGAGUGCAGGCUAGUUCGAAAACUGGACGUGAUCAUCAUCCCGACCUUCUUCAUUAUAUACAUGAUGUCGUUUCUGGACCGAAUUAAUAUAAGCAACGCCAGGAUCCAAGACAUGCCCAAGGACUUGGACCUUUCCGGCAAGAAAUUCAACGUUGCCCUGCUUGUCUACUACGCUUCCUACAUCUUGCUGGAAAUCCCGUCCAACAUGAUUGUCAAAAAGGUCCGCCCGUCCCUGUACAUGUCCACGCUCAUGUUCAUCUGGGGCGUCGUCAACAUGUGCAUGGGCUUCGUGCACAGCUACCAAGCUCUCGUAGGGCUCCGAUUCAUGCUGGGCGUCUUUGAGGCCGGCGUCCUGCCGGCCAUUGUCUACAUCACCUCGACGUACUACAAGCGCCACGAGUGCCAGAAGCGCAUGUCGCUGUUGUUCUGCAGCACCGUUGUCGCGGGAGCCUUUGGCGGCCUCUUGGCCUUUGCCAUUGGCAAACUCGGCGGCCGAGAGGGUUUCAGGGCGUGGCGAUGGAUCUUUAUUAUUGAAGGGGCCAUCACGGCCUUGCUGGCCGUCGUUGCCUCGUUUACCAUCAUCGACUGGCCGGAGCAGACCAAGUACCUCAAUAAGGAAGAAAAGGAACUGCUUCGCAGGCGUGCCAAGAACGACGUGGGAGACAUGGUUCGGAUGGACACGCUCAACAAAUUCUCCAUGCAGCUUAUUGCCUCCGACUACAAGAUUUGGCUUGGCGGCCUGAUGUAUUUUGGGGUCGGCGUGGCCGGCCUGUCGGGGGCCAUGUUUUUGCCAACGAUUCUUGUGGAAUUUCACUGGGAACCCGAGCAGGCGCAGGUUCGUACGAUUCCCGUGUAUGUUUUCGCAGCGGGAACGAUGCUCCUCGGCGCCUACGCAUCGGAUCGACUCAAGCACCGGUUCGGCUUCAUCGUCGGCGGCGCAUCAAUGACGACGGUUGGGUACGCGAUGCUUCUGUCGCAGGACGGCAAGACACGAGACUACAAGUUUGCCGCCGUUUUUCUAGUCUUUGGCGGCGCGUACAUGAUUGCCCCCAUGGCUCUUGUCUGGCUGCAAAACAACGUGUCGGGCCAUUGGAAACGGUCGUUUGCCGCCUCGACCCAAGUCAUGGUGGGAAACGUGGCAGGCAUUGUCGGCAGCCUGAUUUUUGUUCCCGACGAAUCGCCAAGAUAUACUACCGGAUACAGCGUGUCCCUGUGUUUGAUGUGGGUUGGAAUCUGUGCCGCCUUGGCCAUGUUUAUGCUCAUGAGGAGGGAGAAUGGCAAGCGGGCCGCCGGGCGCAGAGAUGACCGGCUUGCUUUGCCAGAAGACGUCCGGGCCAACCUUGGCGAUUGGCACCCCAGUUUUAGAUUUACUCUGUAG